AUAAACUGACACUCUCCCAAAACAAAACGUGUAGCAAAGCAUAGAAACAGGAGAAACUAGAGAGAGAAGCAGAGAGACAUACAUCAAACAAACAUUAGACAAAACACACCACACAAUGUUCCUCUUCAACAGAUCAAACACCACAUUGUUACUUCUUCUUGGUCUUUGUUUCUCUUUCCUUCUCUUCACUUCCUCCUCACUUCCCACCACAACUGUUGAUGCCCAUCUCAACUCUUUUCCUAUUCAUGUGGUUGGUGUUGGUGAAUGGAAGAAUGGUAUAGUGGCACCAUCGGAGAUAAGGAGGCAUCUUGAUGAAGAGAACCCUACCUCUAACUCUACUUUGAUAUUGGCUGAGAAGAGAACCAGAAGGAGAGAUCCUUUGGAUGAUCUUAAGAGUUACACCGGUGGUUAUAAUAUCAGCAAUAAACAUUACUGGGCUUCUGUGGCUUUAACAGCAGCUCCUUUCUUUGUCAUUGCUGGAAUUUGGUUUUUGCUCUUUGGACUGUGCUUGGCCUUUAUCUGUCUCUGUUAUUGCUGUUGUCGAAGAGAACCUUAUGGCUAUUCUCGAAUGUGCUAUGCCCUUUCUCUCAUUUUCCUCAUUCUCUUUACAAUUUCUGCAAUUGCAGGGUGCAUCGUUCUCUAUACUGGUCAACAGAAGUUUCACAGCAUCACAAUGCACACAUUAGAUUAUGUUGUGAACCAGGCAAAUGAUACUGCCGAAAACCUCAGGGAUGUGUCAGAUUACCUUGCUGCAGCUAGGAAUGUUUCUGUGGAUUCAGUUUUUCUGCCAAUCAAUGUCCAGGACAGCAUUGAUAAAAUUGAAACACAGAUUAACUCCUCUAGCACCAUUCUUUCCAGUCGUACACAGGAUAAUUCUAAGGAUAUACAAAAUGCUUUGGAUUCUAUAAGACUUGCUCUUAUUAUCCUUGCUGCAGUCAUGCUUGCUUUGGCUUUUCUUGGAUUUUUAUUCUCCAUUCUUGGAUUGCAGUGCCUUGUAUACUUCCUGGUGAUCUUUGGGUGGAUUCUUGUUGCGGGGACAUUUAUUUUAUGUGGUGUAUUUCUUCUUGUCCAUAAUGUGGUUGCAGAUACGUGUGUUGCAAUGGAUGAAUGGGUUCUGUACCCAACUGCAAAGACAGCAAUGGAUGAUAUAAUCCCUUGUGUGGACAAUGCAACUGCUCAAGUGACCUUACAACAGACUAAGGAAGUGACUUGUCAACUUGUCAAUGUAGUUGACAAUAUCAUCAUGAAUAUCUCCAACAGAAAUUUCCCACCCCAAGUUGGGCCACCUCUGUAUUUCAAUCAAUCUGGUCCGCUAGUGCCUGUUCUUUGCAACCCAUUCAAUUCUGAUUUCACAAAGCGGCAAUGUGCUGCUGGUGAAGUAGACUUGAAGAAUGCUACAGAGGUAUGGAAGAGCUAUACCUGUCAGGUUUCCUCAUCUGGGAUCUGUACAACACCUGGUCGGUUGACUCCCAGUUUGCAUAGCCAAAUGGCAUCUGCAGUAAACUUGAGCUAUGGAUUGAAUCAUUAUGGUCCUUUCUUGGUUGGCUUGGUAGACUGCACUUUCGUUAGACAAACAUUCACUGAGAUCAGAAGCUCAUACUGUCCUGAUUUGAGGAAAUAUACACAAUGGAUCUACAUUGGGCUAGUAAUGGUUUCUGCUGCUGUGAUGUUAUCAUUGAUCUUCUGGGUAAUCUAUGCAAGGGAGCGAAGACAUCGUGUAUAUACUAAGCAGUUCAUGUCUACAGCCAUGGAAGACCGAGACAAGACUGCCCCAUAGAUAUGUACUAAUUUAGUUAUUAGAUUGUUUUAUCCUGUUUAUAUAUUUGGUAGCAUACUUCGCCAUAUUUUCAAAUUUUUGUACAUUAUUUAGUUCCCUCUAAGGCUUGCUUAUUACUCAGAUAGCUCUCUUCAUAGGCAUGAUGAGACUGAAGUGGUCCUGCCCAUUUUGCUUUAAGAAAUUAUGAUUUAUUA